CAGCGUGAAAUUGCGUGCCUGUGACAAAACAAGCCCCGGGAAAAGUAUUUUAGACGAAAAGGCGUGAAAAUACGCGACAGAAAAGAAAAAUCAUCACCAAAAAUCAAUAAGCAAGAUGAAUGCGAAAAGGAAGAACUUGGGUGAGUUGAACAGCGACAACUGGGACGAUGAGGAUGCUCCGGAGGAUCGAGGGGUGUUCAGGAAGGCGCCCGAGGACGAACUGAAGAGCCGCGUGAUAAGGACAGCCCGUAGACGUGUUGCUCCGGCAACAGAAUCUAAGGAUGCUCCGCCACCGGGAAUCUUCAGUGGAUUUGCGGGAUUCUCAAAAACAGCCUCCGUGCCAGUUGUAGCCAAUUCGCCCUUCUCCCUGCUCAGCAAAACCACAAGCUCACCAGCUGUUGCAAAUGAUCCGCCCAAGACUAGUGAAGACAAGAAGUCGUCGGAGGAUUCCACUAGCGAGUAUCACAAGAAGCUGAUUGACCUGAACAAGUCCUUGCUGGAGUGGAUCAAGAGCAAGAUCGAGAAGAAUCCCGUCGUCAUUCUCAGCCCAAUCUUCGAUGACUACGAGAAGCACCUGAAGGAGAUCAAGAGCAGCGAAAAGACGACAAUUCCAGCAGCUUCGGGCGCCGCUCUCAAGGGCUUCAGCUUCUCUGCUGCGACUCCCAGUACAUCCGCCCUGAGUGGAUUCUCCAGCACGACACCGGCCACGACCUCGGUCUUCGGCGGAAACUCCCUGACGGCCAGUGCGAGCACAGGAUUCUCCUUCGGCGCCACGAAGCCCUUCACAUUUGGCAACGUGACGAAGCCCACGGACGCGCCGGAGAGCGAGUCGAAGGCUGACGAUGAGGAUGGCGAGGAGGAGAGUGACGAGCCGCCAAAGGUGUCCUUCACGCCCGUCGUCGAGGAGGACAGCGUCUUCUCGAAACGCUGCAAGGUGUACAUCAAGGGCGACAGCGGCUACAAGGAGCGCGGCAUCGGGACACUCUUCCUCAAGUCCGUGAACGAGGGCAAGAAGAUCCAGAUGAUCGUGCGCGCCGACACGAGCCUGGGCAAUGUUCUGGUCAAUCUCAUGCUCAACAAGCGCAUCCCGGUGAACAUUCUGGGCAAGAACAACGUCAUGCUGGUUUGCGUGCCGAAUGCGGACUUCGAUAAGCCCGUCUCGAUGCUGCUCAAGGUGAAGAAUGCCGACGAGGCGGAGGAAGUCAAGGCGGCCAUCGAGAAAUACGCCACGGACUGAACAUCGUGUUUUACAUAAAUUUUAACAGAAAAAUUCCCCCAAAAUUGCUGUAUAAAUAUAUCUUGCAGGACGAAGAAAUACAUUGAAAAGA